AAUACGAUAGAGAGAGAAAGGCACGCGAGUUUGCCCAAAGAGAAGUGGGAGAGAAGUUUAAGGAUGUCGAAUUCUAGCGUUAACCGAACGACAAAGGCGACGCAGUUGUCCAACUCUGGGAAAAGGAUAGACGAAAAAGAAGAUUCUGAAUCACUACUGCGAACCGCUGAGACUCUAAAGGGCGAGCUCGAGAGCCUACAGCUUUUGAACGAGAGAUUGCAUGGUGAGAGUCUCUACGGUCUGAGUUUCCACGAGCUGGGUUCCCUUGCAGAGCAGUUAAAGCAGGGCCGUCUCAACGUUGAAGAUGAGUUGCAAGCCAGGCUGUUGAACGAUCCAGAGGGAGACGAUCUGGACAACUAUGACGACAAAGAGAAAAUUCACAUUGAAUUGGUUCUACAGGGUAGACUAAGAGAUUUGAGGAAGCAGGACAGAGAGCUCCGGAGCAGCUCUAGCGAUGGAGAAAGACUAGAGGAACAUGAUGGUGAUGCUCUGCAGCUGCCAAACAUUGAGUAUUUGAGGAGCAAAAUCUGUUUUUGAACGAGAGAAUGUUUGGUAAAGAGCUCGACAAUGUAAGUUACCAGCAACUUAAGAAACUUGAAUCUGAGAUUUCCAGAGAGCUCCGGAGCAGCUUUAGCUAUGGAGAAAGACUAGAUGAGCAUGAUGGUGAAGCUCUGCUGCUGCUACACAUUGAGCAUUUGAGGAGCAAAAUCGAGAGAGUCCGGCUUUUGAACGAGAGAAUGCUCGGUAAAGAGCUCCACAGUCUGAGUUACAGCGAACUGCAGGUACUCCAAUUCGAGAUUAUGAGAUUUCCACAGUUUGGCUCAGUUUGGCUCAAGGCGAUGGCCGAUGGACAAGCCACGAACCUGUACUUCGAGGGGAAACUCAGUCUCGUGAAUUAGCACGGGCGCCACACCACAACUUCCUCGUGAAUUAGGUUCUAGGAGAUGAUCGAUCUUCUUCAUGGGAAGAGCAUAUUAUGAGAGUCGAGUGAUAAACUCUAUCGUUUGUUUAUGUCUGUUUAUGUCUCUAUCGUCUGUUUAUUUCUAAACAUAUUUUAUUAUAACACACUACGUAUGAAGUCUUAAAAAACACUAAUAAUUAUCGUAAAAACAUUCAUUCGUGUGAAGUCUC